AUACGGUCAAUAAGACCAUUUGCUCGUUGGAUGACUUUCAUCGACCAGUUUGACUUCCUCGAUCACAUUCUAGGAAAGUCGGGCUGUUUUGCGGGUGCUCUUUCACGACGUUCGGACCAUUGUACCGCGGUCUACUCGACGUUGGAGAUCGACGACAACUUGAGGGACAACUUCAUCCACGACUACCAAGUUGACCCCGAGUUUGGCGACAAGUGCGCGGAUUGCUCCUUUCCUAAUCCGGUGCCAUCGCACUAUCGCAUCCAAGAGGGCUAUUUGCUAGUCCACUCGCGGGGGAAGGAUCUUCUUUACGUGUCGAGUGAUCUUCACUUGCGUACGCGGCUUCUUGGUGAGUUCCACGAUGCUCCUGCCAGCGGACACGUUGGAGUCAAUCGUACAAUUGGCCGACUUCGCGAGCGCUUUUGGUGGCCCAACUUUCUCAUCGACAUCACACACUAUCGCAAGUCAUGCGAGGUUUGUUGUCAUUGCAAAUCCCGCAACUAUCCUCCGUUCGGCGAGUUGCGACCAUUACCGGUCCCCUUAAGACGAAGGGAAGCGAUUGUCGUGGACAUCAUUGGGUCGUUCCCCAAGGACAAGACCGGUGUGGAUGGGAUUCUCACGGUGGUCGGUCAACUCACCAAGUUCACCAUGUUUUUGCCUUGUUGCUAUCACUCUAAGGCACCAGAGUUGGCCGAGAAUUUUGAGAAAAUUACAAAUCGUGUUCCAAGCAAAAACAAAGACCAGGUGCGCCACUACUACUAUAGAGUGAUCAAGCGUAUGAACAAGCUCUUGGGCCCUGGUUUAGUUUUGGAUGCAAGGAACCCUCACGAUGUGAAUGCUGCAAUGCUGCGAUGGUGGGCCCUUAUGGAGAAACAAGGUUGCAGUGCAGCAAAGCUUCGGCACAAGCCAAAACGGAGGAAGAUGUUCGUGACGGCUCUGGAGCAGCAGCUUCUAGCAGAUCGGAGAAAAGCGAAGAGGAAGCAAGCAUCUGGAACCCAAGCCUCAGCAGUACAAGCUUCAGCGGCACCAGCCACAGCAUCACCAGUGUCAGCAGCACCAGCGCCAGCAGCAGUGGCAACAGGGAUCCAGGAUGCACCAGUCUGCGAAUUACCAAGUACUACAGGAGCAUCUUUGUCCAGUCCUGCGUGUGUGAAUGACGCAUGUGUACCUUGCCCCUCUGCAACUGGAGUUGUCAGUGCUGCGAGUGGGUCUCGUGGAAGCCCUGGCUCUGGCAGGGAUAAUAUGCCCGUUGCCGCUGGACCCGGUGGAGAGGGAAAGGGAGGUGCAGGUGAAGAACAGAAGGAGGGACAUGAAGCAAAGAGAGGUGGAGGUGAAGAGGGGACGGGAGGUGGGGAUGGGAAGGGAAGUGGAUUUGCAGAGGGAAAGGGCACUGGAGAAAAGCGGGGAGGUGGAGUAGGGGAGGGGAAAGGAGGUGGAGGAGAGGUCAAGACAAGCGGAGGAGAAAAGAAAGGAGCUGCAAGUGGGGAGGGAAAGGGAAGCAUAGACAGAAAGGCGGGAGGAUUGGGGGACUCCAAGGGAGUCGUGGAGAGAAAAGGGGGUUUAAGUGGAGAAGGAAAGGCAGGCGGAGGAAGAAAAGUGGGGGGCCUGGGUAGCAAGAAAGAAGGGGCAAGUCCCAAAAACUCUGGGCAUAAAAGCAAGAAGGGAGCUGCAGUCGUCAUUGGAAAUAUAUGCAAUGUAUCAGAGGUAUCAGGGGCCAAAAGCACAACAAAAGUGGCACGCAACGCUCCUCGUCAACCGGCUCGACGGCCAAGGCCAAAGAAAGAUCACAUUGAAAUCAUGACUGGCUCACAGGAGCCCAGUUCUAUCAACAUGUGGGAAAACGUGAUGUGCGGUGUGAGGCUUGUUGCAGAGGCAGCAGCUCAGUUAGAACAGCAGGCCAUGGUGGAUCAAGUGUCUGAAUUGGAUGAGGAGAGGAGAAUCAGUGGACAAAUGGAGUCAGUGCAUCACAAACCAGUAACGCAGACUGCGUUGCUCAACCAGAAGGGAGGUACAAUCAACCAGACCUCUGAUCAUCUCUUGCAAGAAGGUGUGCACACCCUGCAAGAUGGAGUAAGUAGAUCUGAACAUGAAGAUGGCAUCGGUACAUCCCAUGCAGUGAUUGCUAGUUCUAGUAUGGGCUCCGAGGAGUUGGGUCUUCUGCAACAGCCAGGGAACAGGCCCAGCUCUGCUGCAACUAUCAGGGAGUUGCCUCUUUGUGAAUGCGACAAUGCUGCAUCUGGCAGGGUGGAUAUUACUAAAGACUCUGCUGCUAAUGGACUGGGUAGUGCAAAUGCAGACCUGGGGGCAGAGAAGGUGAAGCUUCAGCUAUAUCCAAUUGAUGAUAUAACGCGGAGAUCUCUGGCCAAGGAGGGUUACAACCCUUAUCUUGAGCUGACACUCAAAGGACGUAAGUCAAUAUCUGCAGUUGUUUCCCAUCUUCUUCGGAAAUGGGUGAGAAAAGGUAACGAUGCUGUGGCUACCAGAAUUGAUAUAAGACGAGCCUCACCGCCAACUGCAGAAUCCACCGGCCGAAUCAUUGUCAGCAGCUGGCAAGAUGGCGAACUCCGAUUGUUUCCUUAUGGUGUCUCACCAAGCACAUUGCAAAGCGCGAAGUUCAGCUGGGGAAAAGAGCACGGGUCUGUUACUGCAUCUGAUGUAGGCAAGGUGGUGGGAAGCCUGAAGCCACAAACAUUCCGAUUAAGGUAUGCUUGGGUAUCUUAUUUAUCAGAUGUGCAAGUAAGCGGCCAAAGCUCUGCGCCCGCUGAAAGGUUGGGAUCAGUGUCUGAAGAUAUCCAGGCCAAUGCCGCAAUGAAGCCGCCAGGAGCGCAACCUGCAGAGCUGUCAACACAAAUGACUGCAAUGCAAAGGCAGCCUGUGACACAGAAGCAGAGUGGUCAACAUAUUACUAUAUUGCAGUUGUCAGCACUUUCAACUAUUCAGACAACAAGAGAAGGUUUCCAAGGGGCCUCUAUUCCAACGUCUCCUCGGGGAAUGGAUGGGAUCAAUGUGUCUGCUCCCAAGGAGAGUUGCCCCCAUUGCGGAUGCUCGGGGUGUUCCAAGGAUGAGUCGCAAGCAGUAACAGGCAUAAAUCUUGCUCCGGAGGAGAGACAUAAUAACUCGACAGGAAGUGCUGUACAAGCAACUGCAAAGGAGGUGGACAGUACGAACACUACCUCUGUUCCAUCAAGGAGAGAAGCUCCGGUGAUGUUAGGAAGGGCCUCAGAGCAAACAGAAUUGGAACAAACAGGAGGACUAGUCCAUGGUGGAAAGGUCGAGGGCUCAGAUGGAGAAAAGGUCACAGGUUGCCAAGAAAUUGGGACUGCAAAGGACAAAGCUGCGUGUCGAGAUGCACAGGCAAUUGGGGACGCUGCCAAUGGAAGAUUGACAUUUGGGAAGAGUACUGAAGCUAGUAGAAUGGCAAUUGACCAGGCUAUGCGACCCAAGUUCUCUGCCAAGAGGUUCUGCUCUGCAGGGCAGGCUGAAGAAAAUCAGAUCCUGAAGAUGUCAACAGGGGUGCAAGAGGCGUCGCAUGUGGCGGCAACGACACCAGCAGCAACGAUCGAAGAAAUGCCCGCUGCCAGGUGUGCAUGGGCUUAUGAACAAAGCAACGAUGGCUUUGGAAGGCGUUCCUGGGAUGUAGCGGAGAACCUGGGGAAUCGCGGCUACAUGGUUGAAGGAGGGCUCUCCAGUCUCGGACUUGACUCUGCGCUUUCGCUGCCCUCACUGGACACCACACAAACCACCCCAAGUCCCAGCUGCCAGCCAAAGGGAGUUCUGGGGGCAUCAUCAACAUCUGCUACUGCUUGCACUGCAAGCUCUGGUGCAGUUCCGUCAGCACACGUGGGCACUGUGGAGCGAGGUUGUUUUGUUGUUCCCUCAAGCAUUGGGAAUAGUGCAUUGGGUAAGACACCGCCUUCAGAUGCGGACCCCGGGUUGCAGGGAAGUGUCCAUUCAGAAAACAUUCCCGGAAACAGUAUGUCGUGGAUUGACAGUCUCUCGGACAUGAGUCUUGGGGAUUUGCUUACGGACACCCUUUGCGGGAAUGGACCCGGCUCUGUGGAAGGUCCCAGUGGUAACUCCCUUGUUGUUACACCCACAGGGAUGGCAACGGCGGCAUUGUCAGUGGCAGAUCUCCAUUCACCACACUAUAUUCAGCAUGAUCGCAAGUUCGCUUACAGCCGGCAGAUCAGUCAAAUUUCAGGUCCUUUGCCGCAGCGGCGACUCUUUGCGGGAGGCGUCAUGACAGGUAACACUGAGUGUGACCGAUCCAAAGGUAGCAGAGGUUCUGAUCCCUUACCCAGUAGUGGGAAACAGUCUCUGGCAGAGGAGGGAAUACCCAGGCAAAGCAAGGAGAAGAGCUCAAACGCAAGUUUGCCUUCAUUGCUGCGAGAGGAGGGAACUUGUUAUGGAUUGGGUUUCGACACUCCAGCUGGUUCUGCAGUUGCUGUAGAACCCAUUGCAUACGGUACUUGCGAUGGGGGGUUGGAUUUCAGCACUCCAGCUCGACCCGCAGUUCCAUCUUCUAGCCAAUCUGUGUCAAAUCGUGGAGAAUUGGCAGCAGACGGUGUUUUGACAGAAGGACACAAUAGUGGGGAUGUGACAGCAAAGACCAACCAUUCUGUGCCAUCGGUGCGAGCAGAAGGAGCUCCAGAGACAAUUGAAGCAGGUGCAGGCAAGCAAUUUGAUUCUGGAGAGAAUUGGAGUUCAAGCAAGCAGUCAGAGAAGCGACAGCUGGCUGCAGGUGCACAAGCUGGGGCUGGACUCGAACUGCACAGCAAUGUGUUGCCGGGCGACUCCUUAGUGAUUGGUGAAGAUGUUGGUUUCCCGAGCACCGGAAGCCUUGGCAAUGAGCUGUUGUUUGGCUCCGAUUUCUCUCUUGAUGGUUCAUCGGGGCUUUCACUUCUCCGAAACAUCAUUGGAACGACUUCAACGGGCAUGGAGACUCCCACUCAUCCUCUUUGUCCACUACCCACUCCAGUCUCGCAGCCAUUCCCAAUGACUUCUUUGACUUCCCCUGGUGUGAAUAUGCUGUCCUCUGGAAAGUCUUCUGCCGUGGCAGCUGUUAGUGUGGCCAUGGGUGCGCAAGGAAUGCAUCGAGCGGGAACUUCGAUGUCUGCCGGCGAUCACGAUGUUACUCCGAAGGACACUGGUAAAUGCACGCUGUCAAGUGGAGCAAUCUGCCCACAGCAAAAGCGCACAGCAGCCACGGAAAAAGAUGUACAUACGGAUAGUGAGGGGUUAGUUAGCAUGGGUGGAGGUUUUUCUGAACAUCCCCCCGAAAUUGCAGCGCAUAUUGGUAUCAAGUCUAUCGACAACAACAACAAUAACAACAACCACAACAGUGCUCGAGAGGAACGCAGUAAUGUGAGCAAGGUCCGUAUUUCACAUGAGGUAAUUGGCCGCAACAAGAGCACUAGCACGAGUGGUCCUUGUUUUCCAAAUGACAGCAACUUACAAGAUCGCUCAGCGAUUGGUGCUGUCACUGCUCACAAACUUCCUUCUGUAAGGGAUGUGGGGGUGGGGAUGACACCUGAUCAUCCUGGCGUUGCCUUGGAGAGUGAGCAGAGGGUACGGCAUGAGGAGGAGCCCAACCAGCCGCCGCCUAACAAGAGUGGACAUCAGGAUGGCCAAAUCAUAGGGCGGCGGACUGCGGCAGGUCUGUCGGAAGAUGGGGCACUCAAUCCUACCAAGGGAGAAGCUAGUAAACUUGGCCAGACCGGGAAAGUGGGGCUGCGAGUGUCUGGAACCGAAUCGCCAAGCAAAUGCAAGAUGAAGGAUGUGAAGGUGAUUGCAGGGCGAGCCAAACAGCCGCCAGUCAAGGCUGAUCCUAACGUGUGGGUUCCGGAGAGGCCGUUUCAAUCAUUAUUUGCCAGUCUGCCAACCAACAAGCAGAAGGAUGAAAUGGAAUUCGAAAAGGGGAGCUGUAGGACCAAAUCCAGGGUCGCUACUGCAGACAAAGGCGGCAAAGAGCGUGGUGUGAAGGCUGUGCCAAGUAAUAAAGGGGAAGCCAGCAGAGGUGGUGGUAGUAGUGCACCCAAAACUUCGAAAGCUGGACCCAAAUUAGAAUCCAAGCGUGUCAACAAGAAGGAGAUGUCAAAAUCAUCAGACGCAGUGAAGCUGAAAGGAGCGAGUCCUGAGAAAAUGGGUUGCACUGGGUGGGGAGAAGGGGUGAAGAGACAGCGUACUGGGAUGCAGACAAUGCGGAAAAUACCAGCAGGCACUAAGGAUGGUAGCACUGUGAACGAUCAUGUAGACGGAGAGGAUGGCGAAGCCAAAGAAGCUGCCUCAGCUGUUGGAUGCGGAGCGACAUCUGCGGGUAAAUGCCAGUUUCCAACAGCGCUGAUUGAGCCUCCUCGUGUUGGCUGUAACCCCCCUCUUUGGUCAUGCUCAAUUCCAGCACCAGCUAGUCCCUAGCUACAGGAGUCUUCUUCGGUGUUUGAGUGGAACUUGAGGGGUAUCUAACUUGUAUAAUUCGUUAGAAAUCUCUUGCGAGGGAAGCUUAUUUCAAAUUUCACAUUUGUCAUUUGUAGUAUUUGUACUGUAUUUCAGUGAGAGCAACCCUUGGUGUUCAAAGCUUGGUUAGUGAAGUUACUCGCGCUGGUCACAACCAGCAAAAGUAUAUUAGUUGAUCGAUUCCACGUGCCAAAAGUCCAGGUGGUACAGUAGCAUACACUGUUCUGUACCAGGUUCAGUUGGUGCAAUUGUACAACUCUAGACCGGGUUCCAGGUGGUACAGUAGCAUACAUUGUUCUGUACCAGGUUCAGUUGGUACAAUUGUACAACUCUAGACCGGGUUCCAGGUGGUGCAGUAGCAUACACUGUUCUGUACCAGGUUCAGUUGGUACAAUUGUGCGACUCUAGACCGGGUUCCAGGUGGUACAGAAUUGUGUCACAACUGCACCCGGAAGUCGUGUUGUACCGCGAGUAGUGAACUGAACUCCGCUUGCGCUUGCGUUGAUAUCUGAAAAGAAGCAGGGAGUUCUAAAGACCAUUCUGCAUGCUCCUGGCUCCAGUUCCACGUGCACUAUCUAACCCUGUACCACGUUAAGGCGGUAGCGGUAGAGAACCAUGUGACAGCUGUACCUGGAGAUGGGUAUUGAACUGAAAGAUGUCAACACCAUCUGCACCAAUGUCUGAAAAGUGGGGAGUCGUAAAAAGGUUCUUACACUUCGGAGCAUGAUUAUCAUGCAAGUGCUUGAACUGUGUAGGACUUGUCCAGGUCUAGCCGUCGUAGGCAUAAAUGAUACACAGGGAAGGGGGAAACGAGAGCGAGUUCCUGUGGAUUGGAUAAAAGUGAACCCUGUUUGUUGCAAGCAGGCACUUCCACAGAUGAUCGCACCCGUCAAUGCAUGCACCCGUAGCACAUGAGAGCAUCUCUUGUAUUCUGGUCCCACUCAGUGGCUCACGUCCAACACGGGAUGGAUCGUACGUAUGUAUGUAUGUGUGUAUGUAUGGAGGGAGGGUGAGAGGGAGAGAGGGAGGGAGAGGGGGUGAGUGGAAUGGGAUAGGUCGAUUAAUUGGCUUAAUGAUCAUCGUUUUCGACCAAGUGCUUGACUUGAUGUGUGAUAGAAAGUGAGAGCCUGUCAGCCAACAAGUUGAACUACCGUCUUCACCCGAAUAAAACUCCCGGUCAUUA